AUGUACCCUCUGUUUCAUAUCACAUAUCUUCUCCAUGUGCUUGCCAUCGCCUCCGCAACAGUCACCACCCCAAACUCGGUGGACUUCGAUCUCCACAGCCAAUUCAGUCUCCCUGUACACGCAAACGCCGAACAUCAACACCCUCUCCUCGCUGCACAUGUAACACCAUUCGAAACCCCUACAAUAUCAUUAAAGGCCCGACCAAUAACUGUCUACCGACCGAAAUCUCUCGAUGCUCACGAGCACGCCCGGCUGCGGUCACUUCAUCAUGCGGAGACUGAGCCCAUCGAAUGGGAGAAGGUAGUAGUCUCAGGACCAGACAUAGAAGACAGGCUCACCCUAUCACAAUUGGCACGCAUGACUGCCAACGCAUACCAACUACCAGGCCACAAGAACUGGUACGACCUCGAUCCAUCCUGGAAUGUCAACGCUAGCUUUCCGUUCGGGUGGGAUAACGACGAGGACGGAUUCCGCGGGCACGUUUUCGCUUCUAGAGACAAUUCUACAAUCGUACUUUCAAUCAAGGGCACCACGCUUCAGGGAGCUACAUCAAAGAAGGAUAAACUUAACGAUAAUCUACUCUUCUCGUGCUGCUGCGCCCGCGUCGAUUUCUCAUGGAUGUUUUCGACAGUCUGCGACUGCUAUUCCUGGUCAGCCCUACACCGCCGUUGCGACGACACAUGUCUGUCCACAGCUCUCAUACAAGAAAGCCUCUUCUAUUCCACCGGCGUCAAACUCGUGAAGGAUCUGAUAUUUCUAUAUCCUUUCGCUGACAUAUGGCUCGUCGGCCAUAGUCUCGGAGGAAGUCUCGCUUCUCUCCUUGGUUCUACUUUCGGAUUGCCAGCAGUCGCGUUCGAGGCUCCUGGUGAGAGGAUGGCAGCGAAUCGUCUUCACCUCCCGCUUCCACCCCCCAUCGGAGAUUCUUCUCUUCCUCCAGUACCCAUCACGCAUGUAUACCAUAAUGCCGAUCCGAUACCCCAGGGAGCCUGUAGUGGUGUUUCGUCGCCUUGCGCUCAAGCUGGGUAUGCUCUUGAAACGAGAUGUCAUUUGGGAAAGACCAUUGUCUAUGAUACGGUCCAGAAACUGGGGUGGCAUGUUGAUUUGCGUAAGCAUGUCAUUAAGGAAGUCAUUAUAGAAGUUUUGGAUUUAGAAGAAGGCGGUUGGCCGGACGAAGACGGGAAUGAGUGGGAUGUACCUGUCGCGCGUGAAGAACAAGACUGUGUGGACUGUUUCAAAUGGGAAUUUGGAAAUUACAAGGACAAAGACGCGGACGGCUAG